AUGGUAUACAACAACAACAACAACAAGAGGCUGCAGCCUAAAGAACCAGAGGAAGGACUAGGUCAUGGGACAGACACUCUGAUAAGUGGAACCCAAGAAAGCAUAAACAAAUUUCUUUAUGAUUCAUGUGAAUAUAUUAUUUGCUUAUGUUUUUCUCUCAAUUUUUUUUUCACAUACGAUUUUCAGGUUUCAAAUAUCAACCUUUGCAACAAAGCUUGGUGUAAAAAAUAUUGCAUUUCUUGGGUCUGGUCUUUUGCUGGUGAAUUAUUUCGGUGCUAUAUUGGCAGCAGUUUACAUGCCUCAGGCAUUCAGGCGCAAUUUAAUGAUUCCUACUCAUGCCAUCUUAGCGCUGGGUUUGCUUUUCCAGGCAUGGUUAUUAGAACAAGCAAAUUAUACCAAGGUAAUGGGUGAUUUAGUUUAAAAAAAUAUUAGAUAGUUGCUUUUCAUUAAGAUUGGUUUACUAUCUUCUUCUUCUUCUCAUUUUUUCUUUCUUUCUUUGGCCUAUGUUAUACUGUAUUUCUUUAAGAAGAAUUCGAGGUUCAUAGAAAAAAAACCUAAUAUAAGGUUAACAUGUCAAAGAGUACAAAAUAAAGUAAAGGAAUUAAUGAUGCCAACAAAAA